AUGAGCUCGCUCGACGCCGCCGGCCCGCAAAGCACGCUCAACAACAAGCCGCCCGAGUCGAGCAGCAACUCGCGGCGCGCGCUCAACGACAACGGCACCGUCGUCAAGGUGCAGCCGCCACGGCGCGAGGACCUGCAGCCCAGCUACGCGCAGGUCAUCAAGCCCGACACCGAGGAUGCCUCGCAGCACACGUGGUACGGGUCCAUGGUCGACGCGUUCGGCAGCUUCGUCGGCACCCUCGGAGCCAUUCCCUGCUGUCUCUGCUGCCCCAACCCUUACAAGCCUGUCGCCCAGGGCAAUGUCGGCCUCGUCACCAAGUUUGGCCGCUUCGCCCGCGCUGUCGACCCCGGCCUUGUCAAGAUUAACCCGCUUAGCGAGAACUUGAUCUCGGUGGAUGUCAAGAUUCAGAUUGUCGAGGUCCCCAAGCAGGUCUGCAUGACCAAGGACAACGUAUCGCUGUACCUCACGUCCGUGAUCUACUACCGGAUCACCUCGCCGCACAAAGCAGCGUUCGGCAUCUCCAACAUCCGGCAAGCGCUAGUGGAGCGGACGCAGACGACGCUGCGGCACGUCAUCGGCGCGCGGGUGCUGCAAGACGUGAUUGAGCGGCGCGAGGAAAUCGCGGCCAGCAUCCGCGAAAUCAUCGAGGACACCAGCGCCUCCUGGGGCGUCGAGGUCGAGAGCAUGCUCAUCAAGGACAUCAUCUUCAGCCAGGAGCUGCAGGACUCGCUGUCCAUGGCGGCGCAGAGCAAGCGCACGGGUGAGGCCAAGGUCAUUGCUGCGCGCGCCGAGGUCGAGUCCGCCAAGCUCAUGCGCCAGGCUGCCGAUAUCUUGAGCAGCGCCCCCGCUAUGCAGAUCCGCUAUCUGGAGGCCAUGCAGGCGAUGGCCAAGACGGCAAACUCAAAGGUCAUCUUCUUGCCGGCUAUGAACCAGACGGUGCAGCAGCAGAUGGCCCAGGCCGAUACUGUUGGCGAGGGCCCCAGCAGGUACCGUGACGAUAACCAGAUUGGCGGCGACUUCGAUACCGGGUCUUCGGGCUUCCAGAGGGCUAUCCACACCGGUAUGGUCGAGAACAUCUAA